AUGUCUCUUCCUUUGGAAUACCCAGUGACGUUGCCCAAUGGGCUCAAGUUCGACCAGCCUUCGGGAUUGUUCAUUAACAAUGAGUUUGUUAAGCCUCAAAAGGGUAAGGUGCUCGACUCCAUCAACCCAUCUACUGGCGAAAUCAAUGGUUCCGUGUAUGCUGCUGAAAAGGAGGAUGUGGACGUGGCCGUAAAGGCUGCUAGAACAGCUUUUGGCAAGUGGAAGUACGUUUCUGGUGCCAAAAGAGGCGGCUUGUUGUAUAAGUUUGCCAGUUUGAUUGAGAGAGAUGUGGAAUUGAUCAACGCCAUUGAGGCCUGGGACUCUGGUAAGAACAAGGACCUGAACGCUAGGUUCGAUGUUGCAGAGUUUAUCAACGUUUUCAAGUACUACGCCGGCUGGGCCGACAAGAUCACUGGUAAGGUUAUCCAGAACGAUCCUAGAAAACUUGCCUACACUGUGCACGAGCCAUUUGGCGUUUGUGGCCAGAUCAUUCCAUGGAACUUCCCAUUGCUUAUGGCUGCAUGGAAGUUGGCUCCUGCUCUUGCUGCUGGUAACGUUGUGGUGUUGAAGACUUCUGAGAUCACGCCUUUGUCGCUUUUGUUCGUCAGUAAGUACUUCAAGGAGGCUGGUUUCCCACCAGGUGUGGUGAACAUCAUCUCCGGUUACGGUGCUACUGCUGGUUCAGCCUUGGCCUCUCACAAUGACGUUGACAAGAUCGCCUUCACCGGUUCCACUGCCACUGGUAAGAUCAUUACCCAAUUGGCUUCCUCCAACAUGAAGGCUGUGACCUUGGAAUUGGGUGGUAAGUCGCCUCUUAUUAUCAGACAAGAUGCUGAGUUGGACCAGGCUGUGAAAUGGUCUGCUAUUGGUGUCAUGUCCAACCAGGGCCAGAUCUGUAGUGCUACGUCGAGAAUCUUGGUCCACGAGUCUGUCCACGACGAGUUUGUCAAGCAGUUCGUUUCCCACGUCAAGGAGGCUUACAAGCAAGGUGAUGUUUUUGAAAAGGGCGUUGUUGUGGGCCCUCAGGUAUCUCAAGUCCAGUACGAUAAGGUCUUGGGCUACAUUGAUAUUGGUAAGAAGGAAGGUGCCAAGGUCGCCUUGGGAGGUGAGGCCAACAAAGACGCCGGUAAAGGUUUCUUCAUCAAGCCUACUAUCCUCACUGACGUCCAGCACAGCUAUAGAGUUGCUCGUGAGGAGAUCUUUGGUCCAGUCGUAACUGUCAUCAAGUACUCCACCGACGAAGAAGCUGUUGAAAUCGCCAACUCUACUGAAUACGGUUUGGGUGCCGCUGUCUUCACCACCAACAUCGUCAAGGCCCACCAGAUGGCUGCUGAUAUCCAGUCAGGUAUGGUCUGGAUCAACUCUUCCAACGACGCUGACGUCCACAUCCCAUUCGGCGGUGUCAAGUUGAGUGGUAACGGCAGAGAACUUGGCGAAUACGGUCUUACUACGUACACGCAAGCCAAGGCGGUCCACGUGAACAUUGGCACCAGAUUGUAA